CCGCCAUUAAACCCAAAGAAGAAGAACAUCUGAAGUGAGUCGAUAGUAGAGCUGAAGCUCACGCUGAUGCAACACAUUGACAGGUCCUCCACACCGGCUUUGCUCUCCACCGACUCACUGCAAUAAGACAGGAUUUCAGAAUCUGCGCCAUGGCCGAUCAGCUCAGUCCAGAUAAGAAGUUCCAGCUCAUUACCAGGAACCUGCAGGAGGUCCUGGGAGAGGAGAAGCUGAAGCAGGUUCUGCAGGAGCGAGAGGUGAAGGUGUACUGGGGCACGGCGACCACGGGAAAACCCCACGUAGCUUACUUUGUCCCCAUGUCCAAGAUAGCAGACUUCCUCAAGGCUGGAUGUGAGGUCACUAUUCUGUUCGCAGACUUGCAUGCCUUCCUGGACAACAUGAAGGCCCCCUGGGAGCUGCUGGAGCUCAGGGUGAAGUACUAUGAGCAGGUCAUCAAGGCCAUGCUGGAGAGCAUCGGCGUGCCUCUGGAUAAACUCAAGUUUGUCAAAGGAACCGACUUCCAGCUCAGCAGAGAGUACACUCUGGAUGUGUACCGCCUUUCCUCCAUGGUGACGGAGCACGAUGCUAAGAAGGCCGGAGCUGAGGUUGUGAAGCAGGUGGAGCAUCCGCUGCUGAGUGGCCUGCUCUACCCUGGACUGCAGGCUCUGGAUGAGGAGUACCUCAAGUGCGAUGCCCAGUUUGGAGGCGUUGACCAGAGGAAGAUUUUCACUCUGGCAGAGAAGUACCUGCCGUCCCUGGGUUACGCUAAGCGCUCCCAUCUGAUGAACCCGAUGGUACCGGGACUGACGGGGGCCAAGAUGAGCUCCUCAGAGGAAGAGUCAAAGAUCGAUCUGCUGGACUCUGCUGGAGACGUGAAGAAGAAGCUGAAGAAAGCUUUCUGUGAGCCGGGAAACAUCCAGAACAACGGAGUCCUCUCCUUCGUCAAAUAUGUCAUCUUCCCUCUGCACGGAGAGUUCUCCAUCAAAAGAGACCCCAAGUGGGGCGGAGACAAAACCUACACCGACUUUGAAGAGCUGGAGAAGGACUUUGCUGCGGAGUCGGUGCAUCCAGGGGACCUGAAGGCCUCAGUGGAGGCGUCACUGAACCAGCUGCUGGCCCCAAUCAGAAAGAAGUUUGAGUCACCGGAGCUCCGUAAACUCUCCAACACCGCCUACCCCUCAAAGACAAAAGGAGCAGGAAAAGCUGCCAAGGCAGGAGGAGGAGGAAGUGGAGGAGAGGAUGAUGAUGAGCUGUCCCCCUCCAGAGUGGACAUCAGGGUGGGCAAGAUCAUCAGUGUGGAGAAGCACCCGGAUGCUGACUCGCUGUACCUGGAGAAGAUCGAUGUGGGCGAGCCAGAGCCGAGGACGGUGGUGAGCGGGCUGGUGGCCUUUGUCUCUCAGGAGGAGCUGCAGGACAGACUGGUGCUGGUGCUGUGCAACCUGAAGCCCCAGAAGAUGAGAGGCAUCGAGUCUCAGGCCAUGCUGCUGUGUGCCUCCAUUGAAGGGGAGCCCAGGAGGGUGGAGCCUCUGGACGCUCCAGAGGGAUCAUCGCCUGGAGAUCGGGUCUUCGUUGAGGGAUAUGAGACGGGCAAACCAGACGACAGACUCAACCCAAAGAAGAAAGUGUGGGAGAAAGUACAGGCUGACCUGAAGAUAUCAGACGAGUGUGUCGCUCAGUGGAAAGACAAGCAGCUGAUGACUAAACUGGGUCAGAUCACAUGUAAAACACUCAAAGGAGGAAACAUCAGCUAGAAGCAUUACCGUCGCCUCGGAAGUUUACCCUGUCGGCUGCUUUGCAAACUAUAUUACUCAAAUCAAAACCUCACCACUGCAACAUUGCUCAAACUUCAUCUCUGUGUCUUCUUGGAGGAUGAUGGGACAUCGAUGCCAAAAGUCUCUUCGGGCGAGCUGAGACAAAUCCUGUUACACUGCUUUGACUUCAUCUUUUAAUUUGUGCAAUUAAUCAUCCUGUGUUUCAUUACUGAUUUUGUCUGGUGAUAUACGGUGUUCCUAAGCACUUAAAUAUAAAUAAUACAAGAGUUUACAGCUAAGAUAAUGAAGGGUAACUUUCUUAAAUGUUGCAAGAUAAUAAGGAUCUCAGGUGGAAAGGGACUUAAUAUUUCAGUGCUUUUCUUGAUUGAAAUUGCCUGUCAGGGCUGUGUUAUGAAACAAGAACGGUUGCUUGGAGGAAAGUGUACACAUUUAAAAGUCAUAUAAAUAAAUGAUGCAUCAUCUUCAACAUGAAA